CCCCCACCCUUUUUUACUUUUUUCUUUUUUACUUUAUAAACAUACAUUAUGGGACUCUUUUCCUGGUUAAAUGAUUCAACAAACGAGAAAGAAGUGGAAGGAUUGGAUAAUACAAUCCCUGAAAAGACACAAUGUUAUUAUAUAGAAGGAUUUUUAAAUUGUUCUUAUUUUGCAAAUGCCAUUCGCAUUGGAGAUAAAUUAACAGAGAAAUAUCCUAAUGUCAAAGUUGAUGUCAGUGCCUAUAUCAAGCAACAAUGGAAUGAACGUUCAAUAGAAUUACAAAAGGAAUUUAAUACAAAUCAAACUUCUUCACCAUUUAUUUAUGAGGGUUGUGAUUUAGAAAAUCAAAAAUUGAUAGGUGGAUAUACAGAUUUUGCGAAAAAGGUCCGAACAAAUUAUAAAAUAAGCGUGCCUUUGGAUUAAACAACCUCCCUUAUUUGUUUACGAUUAAAGAAGAAGAAGAAAAAAAAUAAGAACCUAAAUGUAAACAACACAUGGUAUGGAAUGUGUAUUUCUUUAUUACUGUCCAG